AUGGACCUGCGAGACUCACACCGGGAGUUCUCUACUAAAGCGAUGCCUACCUUCCUAACGGGGGCCGCUAAGAUAUGGUUCGACAGCCUUUCCCCAGGAAGCGUUACUUCCUACGCGGACUUGGGGCAGAAACUCCACGUCCGAUUCUUUUCUAGCAAGAGGGCCAAGCGCACCAUCCACGACUUGUCAUCGGUUCGCCAGCGUCGGAACGAGUCUUUGGGGGAAUAUUACGAGCGGUUCACGAAGGAGCUCAUGAUGAUAGAUCAAGUCGAUGAUUUGGUGGUAAGGGUCGACUUCGUGAACGGCCUCUCCCCCUUUGGUGCGGGUGCUGCCCUAAGGAGUAAGCUCACAGCCAAGCCCCCGGGAACCACCCAGAAGUUAUGGGAGAUAGUCAAAAAGGAGAUUCGAACGGACGAGUCCAUGAAGAGAGCCAGAGAAGCCUUUGCAGAAGGUGAGAAGAAAGCAGGGAAGUCGGAGGCAAAGAAACUCAACAUUGGAUCUCUGAAUUUCGAGUCCAAAGUACCCGUCCUUACAAAAACUAGAAAGGAGAUUCUUCAAAUUCACAAGAGUGAGUUCAAGCUUCCACCCCCAGGCAGAUCUCAGAAUGAAUCCUCAUCCUAG